GAUUAAUCAUCGCUUAAAAGAUAAGGAAAAAAGAGAGAAAUUAAGGAUACAUUUAGAAACAGACAACCGCUGAUAAACAUGAGGACGGAGGAGAAAGAAGAAGGAGAAGAAGAAGAAGAAGAACAACAACAAUGGCCAUCAUCAAGAUCAGCUCACGAGGUUUUACUAAUUGUUCUUCCAUAUCUCCACUCACUCUUCGAGCUUCUCUCCAUGACCGGCGUUUCGCGGUCCUUGAGAGACGCGAUCAGAGACGAAACAGCUUUAUGGACAAAGAUCGUUGUUGAACCACCCCUGCGUUCUCGUCUAACCGAUGAUAUUCUACGGGAGAUCACUUCCAAAUCCGCCGGAAAAUUAAACACUCUGAUUCUCCGACAGUGUCUUAGGAUCACCGACAAGGGACUUCGACGUGUGGUGGACGCAAAUCCUCUGAUAAGAAAGAUAAUUGUGCCCGGAUGCACUGAACUGACUCCAGAAGGAAUCAUUGGAUGCGUUGAAAGCUUAGCAACCGUGGAGACACUUCACAUCAACGGCGUACAUCGCUUCACUAAAGACCAUCUCUCAGCACUCUCCACUUACCUUCCUCACGAGGGCGCCAUAGAUGUCGAGGUCUGUCCCAAAUGUGACCUAGUCAAGAUGAUUCCCUCAUGCUCAAGAGCGUCAUGUAACCGUGGGAGAAGGCAAGAACGAAAGUGCAGGGGAUGCUGGUUCUGCGUCCCUAGAUGCACGGAGUGUGCAGUGUGCCUCGGAUCAGACACUGAGAUUCAAGAAGCAGCCUGCGGUGGCGACAGUCUGUGUCUCGAAUGUUGGCUCGUGCUUCCGAAGUGCAGGUUCUGCAAUAAACCAUAUUGCACAAGUCACAGUAGUCUGCGACAUGAUAUUGCAACCAAUGAUCCUUCGUCUCCGCCCAUGUUUGAAUGCCAAGCUUGUCACUACAGGGCAGGUACAAACCCAUAUGACGCUUUCGACUAUCAAAUCUAAAAAAAAAACUUGUUUUUAAAGCCAUCCUUGUUACUAGAUACAAUCUUUGUUCAUGGUUUGUAUGAAAACAUUGGAGUACGAAAUAUUAUGAGACAUUCAUUGGGUAGAAAACAAAAAAAAGAAUCAAGCUUUCAACACAGAGAUUAGUUACAACCAUCCAUGAUCCUGUAGCCGAACAUACAGGCUACCCUUAAGCGAACUCCCCUUAAAGGAGAAUGAUGAACAAAACUGGGUAGACAAAACUAGACAUGGAGAGAGAACAGAACCAAUGAGCUCUUUUUGUCUCAAGCGUUGCAAGGAACGAAGUUAAAAUUAACAAACAAGAACUAGGAGGAGUUGUUCUUCUCCGAGUUUUCUACAAGAAUACUAAGGCAAUGAGCAGUAAAAGCGAGAGGAAUGUUAAGUUAACAAAGGAAGCUUGAGGGUGUGGGAAGCAGCCAGAGGUUGUGGAGUUCGCUGAAGGAGCCAACGCCGUUGUGUUGUGUCCAAGUGUCUGAUUGCUUUUAGCACUGCAAAACAUAGCAAACGUUGGUACAGAACAUGCGAGGGAAAGAUAUAAUCUUAAGUUAAGUUACCUUCCAGGGAACACACACGUUCCUCUACCUGCAUAGAGAAUCAAUCAAUACAAUGUUUCAGAAACAUUUAAUCUCUUAUGCAUAGAGAGGUUUUGACAUUACUUGGAUCAGUGGAUGUAACCGUAGCAACUCCUUUAAAGUCACAGCUCCCGGAAGCUUUCCCCAUCUUCUGGUAAUAAGCAUUAAACGCAUAACUAGAAUGCGCAGCCACAUCAUCAGGCUCAUAACACGCCUCACCCUGCAUCAACUCCGAACAAUCAACCUUCCCAGGCCCACAAGCCCAGUCCAGAGCCGCCUGAAGCAUCUUCUUAUCAACCUUCUCCUUGGCUACACAAAACGUCUGGUUCGUAGUAUCAUUCGCCAGAAUGGCCCCCGCGCCAGCCAAACGCAGCGUGUAGACCGGCGUCCCGUUCGUGUGAAACAGCCCCCAGUUCUUCUCAGACAGUGGUCCGGGCCUCGUGUCCUCGUUGUAAAGCUCGUAGAUGUAGGUAGCUACCGCGGUCCCGGGGUGUUUCGGCGUCCCGGUCUUGUUGAUCACGUGCUGUAUCAAGUUGCUAUUGUAAGUGUUCGCAUUCUCUACAGUCGCGUCGUGCUCCGGACCGUCUCCUUUCGACGGCCAGCCGGACUCAGUAACCACUAUGGGGAUGUUGGUGAAGUUGAGGUAAGACAUAGCGAAGUAAGCCGCGUCCACAAUAGCAUCGAACACGUUUGUGUAAUGUAGUAACGUGUUGGCGUCUACAGCUUCUUUAUUGGCCUGGAGAGGCUGGAACAGCGCGUAGUCUAACGGUAUAACACCGUUAGACUGCACGUAGUCGAAGUAAGGGUAGACGUUAAGCAUCAGUGGGGACCCUGUGGACUGGAGGAACUCGAGGAGAGGGACGAUCACCGGAUCCCAAGUCUUGUUGAAGAAGGCCUGAGAAGGAGGGAAAGAAUCAAGAAUAAUGGUCGAAGCGUGCGGAGUUGAGACUUUGAUCUGACGGUCGAGAUUGGCUGUGACGAGAGCGGCUUGGAUGUACUUGAGGGCGGAGACGAGGACGGGAGCUGCGUUGGGUAAGGAGGUUAGGACUUCUGAGCCGACGGCUAUUGCUGUGAUGUUGGUGGCGGGGUAGUAAGCGGCCACGUUUCUAGUGACCCAGUUGGCUGCGGUUGCGUUUGACUGGCUGAUGCCGAGGAGCUGGUCGUUAGGGACCGAGAUGAUGAGUUGGAUGCCUGUGUGGGCGAAGGCAAGGAGCAUAGAGCGGUCUGCGUCGUAGAGACGGACGCGGUUGAUGUUUUGUGAUUUGAGGAGGGUUACUACUUGUGUUGGACUUGGCAUGUCUGUGACUUCUGUUCCGAUGUUCACACCGAUUAAAGAAUCUGAAAAUAGAUAUUUUAAAAACGAAAAUAUUAGUAGUAUAUAGUAUUUGUGAAUUCAUGUAUCAGUACAAUUCGCAUGAAAAUCAGCCAAUUGGUCAGUCCA